AGAAGAUCCAGCGAGCAACAGCUUCGAAGCCUAGCCUUCCAAAUCAGAGCACCUAUUCACGAGUGCCUUGUUCAAAUCAUGGCGCAAUCAAGGCCGACCUCAAAUUUAGCCGGAAACAUUCCCGUGGCGAGGAUGAGGGUAUCGCGUCUAGGAAAAACUUUCGAAUGCCAUCGCCAAUACUCAACGCACGCCCGGUAUUGCCAGCUCCCACGGCGCCGGCUGCCCAACCCUGGUUACCUUCAUACCCUGUGGCAUACGACCAACUAUGUUCCACAACCACGUCGCUCAGUUUGAGCAGUGCAGACUCCUUCACUUUAUUCCCCACGCUGCCCCCCGAAUUACGUCUUGUAAUUUGGCAGCACACCUGGGAACAUCGUCAACUCAUUCCCCAACGCAAAAUCAUCGGCUGGAUCACAGAUGGGCGAACAUAUUCGUCGACCCUGACCAACCAUGAAAUCAUGUGUAUCAAGAUUAGAGACACAAAAAAGGCACGUUAUGGCUGGUUCUCAAACAACCAUGCAUCCGUUAGCGGCAGUGUUUGUGCUAGCACCAAUGGGAUCAGUCUCAUCACCAGGACCUGGACAGAGACACCAGCACCAACUUCACUUUAUGUGAACCGCGAGUCUCAUUAUGAAACUCUGCGAUACUUUCAACGUGGUCUCGGCCUUUCUUCCAAUAAGUUAGACGUCUGGGUGAACUUCGACAGAGACGUCAUACACGUACCAGUGCAUAGCCCACUUCACAUGACUUUCACCCGCGCUGAUUGCGGUAAACUAGUUCGGCUCACUAUUCCUGAACUUGCUCCAGCUCUUAGUCUCUUCUCGCACAGAAUCGGGCAAUGGGAUAGUGAAAAGAGUCGGCUAAGUGCCAUACCAACACUCGUCGGCACGCUGCCUCUUUAUGAAGAGUUCACUGACGUAUGGCGUCUCAUCAGAUCGCGUUUCCCUAGUCUUCGCGAAAUCAACCUCGACCGCUUUGCUGAAUGUAGAAAAUACGAAUUGACUAGCAUGUUGGGUCUUGACAGGCCACUACCACCUGGUCAUCUAUAUUCACACUGUCACUAUUGUAUGAAUCUACAGCAGAGGAUCAGACAGAAUAUACCUAGGAUUGGUGUAGCUCACGCAACAGAUGGUGCACUCUCAGAUAUUUCGCGGAUCCUCGAUGCUCGCAACAUCAUGAAUCCCCUGUACGAGCGUCGAAGUGCUGUUAUCGGCAAGGUCAAGGGACAAAAGAAGGGCGAAAUGGACGAGGAUGUAGUAGUCAACUACUGGACUGUGUGAUGCAAGGAACAGGACUUUAAUGGUAACUUAUAUGGCUAUACAAGCGAGUCGAUCCAGCGGCAGGUAGUAGCGAAAGCCUUGGAGAUGUACCUUGGUUUUCCUAACGAUUAUGACUAUCUAGCUUAUCAGUUCUGAGUGAUUGAGUUGUCAAUGAAAUUCAAGU